AUGGCGUCCGGGUGCCAGCCGAGCUUGGAUCCAGCAGAAAGUCAUGCAUUAGAAGCCGCUUUAGGACUUAAAUCUGCGGGUGCAAAACUAGUCUGCAUUGACUUUGAUGCCACAUUUGUGACUGUUCACACGGGCGGAUUGUGGUCUGGGACAGCAGCGGCAUUGCGUUCCCAUGUACGGCGGUUUUUCGAGCUGCUAGUGCCAUUACUCUGUGAAAUUGGUGUGAAUGUAGCAAUUGUAACAUUUAGUCCACAAGUGCAGCUGAUUCAAAAUGUACUUCAGCUGUGUUUUAGUCCAGAGAUUGUAGCUCAGGUCGUGGUCCGAGGAGAUGAUCGUGCAUGGACUUUGACCCAUGACCAAACUGGGUCUUUUCUACCACUUUGGCAAACAAAUGGUCGUCAUUUGGAUCGAAAAUUUAAACUUCCAUUUGUCAUUUCCGCAGCUCUUGAGAUUCAAAAUCGUUCGAAUGAUCAAAUUGUCAUUUGUAAUCGAGAUACUGUGCUCGUAGACGAUGAUGUGGUUAAUAUUCGAGUCGCGAAUGACAGUGGAAUUGUUGGUAUCUAUUUUGACCCAAAAGAGCACGAUGAAGUGCUUUUUUGCAAGAGAAUUAGCAAAUUACAUGCCGUGGAAGAGUCUACACCAACGUCUUUGAAAACGCCUAACAAGAAACCAAAAGCAGAAACAAGGCUCAAGUUGGUUACGAAAGAACAUAAAUUGAAAGCUACAGGGAGAGCUAGAAGAAGACUGAGUGUUACACCUCAUAGUGGAACCGGACAAACGCCUUCAUUCAGUGUGUGUACCCCUUCACCCGUGAUGAAGCUCAAAUGCAGCGUUGAUAUGGGCAAACCAAGAUCAAAACGAGCAUCUAGAACAUUGAGAAAUUAUAAUAGAGAAGUGGAUGCAGCUUUGCCUGUUGUUUUGGAGUCGUCGACAUUUCCGAUUGUAAAUGUAUCGAAUACACCGACAAAUGAACCAGCUUCUGCAUGA